AUGGCGCCGCAGCCACCGCUUCCUCCCGCCAACGGCGACGGCGACAGCAUCGUCGACCGCGACGUCUGGCUCGCCUGCGCUGUCCCGCUCUCCCGCCUCCCCACCGUCGGCGCCGAGGUCUACUACUUCCCGCACGGCCACGCCGAGCAGUGCCCCGCGCACCUCCCGGCGCCGCUCCCCGCGCCGCACCUCUUCCCAUGCACCGUCACCCACGUCACCCUAGGCGCGGACGACAAGACCAACGAGGUGUUCGCCAAAAUCUCCCUCAGCCCAGGCCCCCACCGCGGCGCUUCUCGUCCCGACCCCCCCACCAGCACCACCGCCAGCGACAACAGCCCGCCGCAGGAGAUCAUGCUCAGCUACUUCACCAAGGAGCUCACGCAGAGCGACGCCAACAACGGCGGCGGCUUCUCCGUCCCGCGCUACUGCGCCGACCACAUCUUCCCCGCGCUCGACUUCGACGCCGACCCGCCCGUGCAGAACCUCGUCAUGCGCGACACCAGGGGCAACCCCUGGCAGUUUCGCCACAUCUACCGCGGCACGCCGCGACGACACCUGCUCACCACCGGAUGGAGCAGGUUCGUCAACGCCAAGCUGCUCGUCGCGGGGGACAUCGUCGUCUUCAUGCGCCGCGCCAACGGCGACCUCAUCGUCGGCCUGCGCCGCACGCCAAGGUACGCGCUCGUCUUCCCAGGGGCCGCCGACCCGGACCAUCAGCCCCCGCCCCAGCCCCGCAACGCGCGCGCGCGGGUGCCGCCCCAGGACGUCAUGGAGGCCGCGCGCCUCGCCGCCGAAGGCAGGCCCUUCACCGUCACCUACUUCCCGAGACAGGCCGCCGGGGAGUUCGUCGUCCCGCGCACCGAGGUGGAGGGCGCGCUCGCCACCCGCUGGGAGCCAGGCACGCAGGUGCGCAUGCAGGUCAUGGAGGCCGAGGACACGCGCCGCACCGUGUGGGCCGACGGCCACGUCAAGGCGCUCCACCAAAACAUCUGGCGAGCGCUCGAGAUCGACUGGGAUGACUCCUCUCCAUUAUCAUUAAAAUUGAGCAGAUUUGUGAAUGCUUGGCAAGUCCAGCUUGUUGCAUACCCUCCUCUUCCAAACAGAGUGAGGAUUUGCGACCCAAUUGCGCCUCUUUGCCCUGGAGAUGCCUCUUAUCCACUGAUCGGAUCGGAAAGCCAGGCCAUGGCCAUGAUAUUGGGGCCACCAAUUCCUGCUGGCAUGCAGGGAGCCAGGCACACCGGCCCUUGUGCUGCACCCUCUGAAUCCUCUGCAAUGCUCACGACUCAGUUGCUAUUCCCCCUAACCAACAGGGACCUCCAGAUGCCACCGCGUACAAGCCCCAGUGCUUCCUCUGAGAUUGUGGAUCCUGAAGCUGCUUCUCCUCCCAACAACUCAGUAAGCAUGCGUCCAGCAGAGCUUCCAGUCCAAGUGAAGAGCAUACAGCUCUUUGGCGCCACAAUCACCCCCCAUGUUGUGCAGAGUGCUACUAAUGGUGAUGCUAUGGCUGAUGACAAUGUUGAAAAAGAUGUCUAA